GUGUGACUUUUGACGUCUGUAGGAAAAGUAGGAUUGUUUCUCCGUCGCCAUGGGGUGUGUCAAGUGCUCACUGACGUUUCUCAUCAUUUCGGGAAUUGCUCUCGCCGCGCUGGUCGCCUUUUUGAGUAAGCCCGCGGAGCGUCCAGCGUUGGCUGCAGACGGAUACUGGGGCCCGAAAAAGAUUGCCAAAGGAGCGGCGUUGCCGAAGGACAAGGAGAGCGUCGAUAAGUUCUCCAUCGAAUUCGAUGCGAAGAUGAUCGCCGGGCUCCGAGAAGAGCUGAGUCGAACCAAGUGGUUCGAUCCCUUAGAAGACGCAGCUUAUCACUACGGAGUGAAUCUCAGGAGUUUCAAAGAUAUAAUUGAACACUGGCGAACGAAAUUCGACUUCGCGGCUGCUCAGCAAAGGAUCAAUGCUUUUCCUCAUUACAAAACCGAGAUCGAAGGUCUCAAUAUACACUUCUUCCGAAGUCUUCCUCAACCAGGGCCAAAGAUCAAAGUCAUCCCUAUUUUAAUGAUUCAUGGCUGGCCGGGAUCUUUCGUUGAGUUUUUGAAAAUCACCCCCCUCCUAAGCGAAGCGAAGGAUGGCGUCUCUUUCGAUAUCAUCGUCCCGUCCUUGCCGGGAUACGGGUACUCCGAUCCCGCGAAGAAACAGGGCGUGGAUAUCGCAGUCACCGCUCGGAUUUUCAGCAAAUUAAUGAAAAGACUCGGGUAUUCCAAAUACUACGUCCAGGGCGGCGACUGGGGCGCAGCAAUCGCGAACGCGAUGGGCAUCUUCUAUCCGGAAAAUUUGAGAGGCAUUCACAUGAACAUGGUGUUCGCGGACUCCUUGAGCGCCAUAGCAAUCGCCAAACAAACGCUCUUCGGCUUGUUCCCCAAUUAUUUCGGCGACGGACAGAUGCCUAAGUGCAUGAUGGUACCCUACACGGAGCGUGUCGUCGAUGUCCUCCGAGAGGCCGGAUACAUGCAUUUCCAAUCGACAAAGCCCGACACCGUGGGUUUCUCCCUUCUCAAUUCUCCGGCCGGGCUUGCUGCCUACAUUUCCGAGAAGUUUUCCACCUGGACCCAGCCAGACUUUCGGUUUCUGGAUGAUGGAGGGCACGGCAAGAAGUUCACCGUGGAUGACAUACUGACGAACAUCAUGGUAUACUACGCUACGGGCUCCAUAAUUUCUUCGCAGCGUUACUACCGCGAGAAUUUCGCGACUGGUGUGGCGGUGGAGCUUUCGAAGAUCCCCGUUUUCGUUCCGACGGGGUACGCCGUUUUCCCAAAUGAAGUGCUUUGCGUGCCGAAGUUCGUGGCGUCGACUACCCUCAAAAACAUCACCACGAUGACCUACCAGAAAGACGGGGGUCAUUUCGCCGCCUUCGAGCAGCCUGAUCUACUCGAGAAGGACAUUAGGCUCUUCGUGAAAGAAGUCGAAAAGCUUUAUCCAGAGCAAGUCAAGCCUCCGACAGGUUUCGCAGCCUCGUACAUCACGAAGAGCGAAAAAUAAAGAGAGUUAGCCCAGAUUUCUCGCGCC